AUGAACGCCAGAUCUCAGAUAUUCGAAUUGACGGUGGAGGGCAGGCAGGCCGACGAGGCCGUUGCCAGCCUCUUCCACACCGUGCUCUUCCACCGUUCCCUAGGCAAGUUCACUUACAACGACGAAGGCAGCUACUCGGUGGGCACUGUGGGCUACACCGACGUAGACUGCGACUUUAUCGACCUGACUUACGUGUGCUGCUCGUCUCCGAGUUUAGAGCAAACGAUCCGCCGGGAGAUCAACUGCUUCUCGGAGCAGUUGCGCGGCAACGAGGGCACAGGCAUGGGGCAGAUCAGCCUCGAGUUCUUCCAGAAGAAACCCAGCCGGUGGCUGUUUCAGCCCGAGUGCAUACCUUGGGAGGUUUGGACCGUUAGGCUGGAGCUGAUCACUUUGAACAACGAGGGGGAACGGCAAGUUUGCAGGGAGAAAGUGGGGGAGAUGCUAACGGAUAAAGUGUUGUAUAUUGCCGAGGUGAUGAACAGGCACGACUAUUUGCCGAAGAUGCCGAUACAGAGCGAGCUGGAGACCGUUUUUGACGCUUCGUAUCGGGAUAUACAGCCCUACCUUUUCAAAGUUAAUUAUUCCAUAUCGGGGCCGUCGAGCGGAAGUACCGUCGGGUCGACUAUGAAGAAACUCAUUAGGGAAACGUUGUCUUUUUAG